CUCAUUGAAGUUGAAGCAAAACUUCUUCCGUAUGAUGAAGCGCGAUGAAUUCGGAACGUUCUCAUUUUUCCCGAAGCUKCUUYCAUACAAGUACAGGUUUUUGAAGCGCACCAGGUUUUGUUGUUUCCCCGAUUAAAACGAAUUACCAGUAGCGUAAUGGCGUUCAAAACAAGGAGACGGGCGAGGAGGAAGGACAUUCCUAGGAUCGCAUCACAUYGAUGUCUCAUAAUGAAGAUUCUCUCGUUGUURAAGAAUAUUUGCUAUUCACCAUAAAUUCAAAUCGCCGUUGAAAGUAAGAAUCCUGACAACAACAACAGCAAACUGAAAAAAAGAUGAAUCGCUUCAGCGUUGCUUCGACCAUUCAUCGAGCCGUGUUUGUGAAUAAUAGAGGAACGAAACUCAUUAGGCAACGCYACUACGAUGAUGCUGUGAAAUCAUUYACAAUUGUUUUAAAUAUCCUCAGACCUUUAGCUGUUUUUGUCGAGGACGGAAACAGCAAGAACAAUGAUACAGUGACGGAGAGCGACGACGAUGCUURUCAAGAUUGUAUGGAUCAACGGAACGAACUAGACACGAGGCGUUCCGGACCCCAAACACCAGCAUCAGAAGCAUCGAYGCGGCAUCAUUCGUCUCAUCCAUCGUCGGAAGCAUGCUGGAUCGGUGGCCGGUCGACGAGGCGCUAUUCCUUCUCUUCGUCUUCCUCGGCACCAUCACAGCCGAAUGCACAGAGGCCACACUCGGCCRCUGCUYCCACCAAACAUCUGUCCUCGCCAGCCUCCUCGUCCCCCGUCGCUCCCCGAAAACCACCGUUGUUUGUGUUUCGAGACCCGGUGGAAAUUCCGCCSGAAAGCGUGCCCUCCGAGGUAUCGGAAACGGACGCGGAGGAGACGUCKUCCGAGYUGCUCUCGAAGUUCCUCAUGAUUGUCAUGUACAAUCUCGCCCUGGCGCUGCACCUGCACGCCCUGUCGAUCGACCGUUGCSAUGGCAGCAUCAGAGGCGACGAGAACGCGCRYGGGGCCCGCAGCGAACGAAACAGGCAGCGCAGGGGAUUGUUUGGCCGGGCGCGAAAGCUUUACGAGCUGGCCUUCGAGAUGAACCUCGACGAGUCCUGCGACGUGAGCCUUUUGUUCACGCUCGCCCUGAUCAACAACCUCGGCUCGGUGUACGAAAUCCUGGGCGAGACCCAGCGCUCCGAGACGUGCUUCCAGAACAUGUUCAGCACGAUGAUGUACCUCACGGAUUCGAACGAGUCCCAGAGAAACAGWAUCAAGGAAUGGGACGGGCUUUUGUCGAACGCACUGAACGUUCUCUUCAAGAAGGAAUGCGAGAUUGCCGCGCCGGCGGCGUGACAACGGCACGCGAUGCMCAUCGACGAACCACAAUUUUGAACCUCGGUGAUUGAAUCAAUMGAGAAUGAUCAAACCCAAAAAAUAAUAGAACGGGCGAAGAUAGCGCCUGCGAAUGGUUGCAAACCGACGAACGGCUACCCGUACGAGGCUAAUACAAAUGAAGAUAACGCAUGCGUGUACCGUACAUCCGCAUUAAUUUUAAUUUCAAAUUCKAAUACCAAUACUAAUACUAAUCAAUUUUAAAAGUUUAG